GACUUUUGUUAACGAUUAGAUUUGUGCAUUUGUGGUCCCCCUGCUAGCUCCCACCGCGGUCCAUGGUGCAAACGCCUCUGAAAUGCUUUAAGUAAAAAUGAGGCGAGGUCAUCGCUUUCUGAAUGCAAAACAUGUCGCUUGGGCAGAAACACAUUCGGUUUGUUUUUGUCUUAGUGAGGACGUUUAUUCGGGCUCCAGAACAAGGACUUAGUGGAAGGUCUUGGUUGCAGUCUGCGUUUUCCAGACAUGUCUUCAUGAAGGAAAUUUAAGAUUAAAAACAAGUGGGAAGUUCUUGUCUGGUUAACUUUUCCAAGAAAGUCGUUUCUUUACUGUGAGAUGCAACAGACGUUCACUGAAUAUUAAGGUUGAAAACAGAUCAUGAAAGACGACGACUUCUCUGUAGAAGAAGAGGAGAUGCAUUCGUUCAGAUGUGAUCAAAGUGAUACAGUUUUGUUUUCUAAUGAAGCAGAGAGGACUACAAGACCUGGCUGUUGCAGGUGCCAGGCUCCGUGCUCACUAAGUGUGGCUGUCAAAGUGCUGUACAUAUUUUUUAGUUGUCUCAUCAUAGCAGUUGCUGUCUUGGCAUCUGUAGUGUUCAGAAGGGUCGACUCCAUAACCGAAGAUAUCAAUGCGGCCCAAUCAUUUUACGAGACAAAGAUUGGCUCUGUACAGAUGAACAUUAAAGAACUAGAUCAAAAAUCCAUCAGCCACAACUGCUCCUCAUGCCACGAAGCCUCCCUUUUCACUCAAGAAAUUGUCGACUUGCAGAAGGAGUUUGAGCAGAUACAGCAACUACUUCUGGCCCAAGAACCGGUGCUGGACGAGACCGUGCAAAAUCAUCGCACACUGUCCUCUGACCACCGCAGAAUCACAAAAGAGGUUACUUAUUACUCUUCGUCUAUUGAACAGAUCAACCGAACAAUGGAACGAUUUACAGUGAGAGUAAAUGGUCUGCAAACACUUGUGCAGGAACUUAAUGCAUUUAUGAGCAGACUGUCCCAGGAUCAGUACAAAAUAAGGAUUGGAGUACAACAUAUUAACUUCACCACCUACCAGAAUUCUUUGUGGCUUGAGGAAAUUCAAAGAAAAACCAACGAGGAAACCUUAAUAAUACAAAAGAUAGUGACAGACUGGCAGAACUCUUCCAAAGUAUUUGGAGUUUUACGGGCUGCGGUGAGCAAGAUGAAUGACAUGGUGAAGAGCGUUCAGAAUACCCUGAUCACCACGCUCCAAAGCAUCUCACAGAACUCUGAGUUCAUGCACGACUUAAGCUUGCAACUGCUCUCUGUGCAUGAGCAGUUUGAGAAUAUAUCUAGCUACCUUGACGACCAUGAAGAGAAUAUUCAGGACAUCCUCUACCACUCAAGGUACUAUGAAAAUAGGACAGCUGAGAGGUUUGAAACCAUCAUGGGGCGAAUGGUUUCUCAUGAAACUGAAAUCAACAACAUAUUAGCCAACAUCAACGCCACUAACAACCACGUACACAGUAUGAUCAAAUACAUCAGCGACGUGAGGGCAUCCUGUUCAAGUGGGCUUGGGUCACAUUCAGAAGACAUCUAUCACCUCAACCUUUCUCUGGCCAUUAUUCAGGGCACCACCAAUAUGUUAAGACAACGCUAUAAUCUCUUAAGCACGUCACUGAGCAAAGAGAUAAACAAGCUUGGCACUGUGAUGGAAGAAAUGAAAGUUAUUGAUACACAACACGGAGAAGCGAUUAAAAACUUCACCAUUCUGAGAGGUUUGCCAGGACCCCCAGGGCCGAAGGGAAACAAAGGAGAAGCAGGAGCAAAAGGAAAGGUUGGGCCUGCUGGAUUAAAAGGUGACAUGGGCGACAUGGGGCCCACAGGCAAGCAAGGUCCACGAGGUUUGGAUGGAAACUCUGGCAUCCGUGCUGAGAAGGGUGCAAGAGGCCCAGUAGGAGGUCCUGGUCCGAAAGGAACAAAAGGGAGUAUGGGGAGGCCUGGUGGCCAAGGGCAAGCAGGCCCGAAGGGAGACCGAGGACCAGCAGGGAAACCAGGGCCACUUGGUCCCAAAGGGAAGGAGGGAAAGAAAGGAGACCCUGGAAUACCUGGCCCACGGGGAACGAAAGGGGAGGUGGGAAAGAUGGGCCCUCCAGGGCCACCAGGUCUGUAAAUGGAAGCAGCUGAUCAAACUUACAGUAUGUUAACUAUAUAAUCUUGUAUCACUAAACUCAUUUGACUUUUAAUCAAGCACGUUUACUGUUAAAGACAUGAAACAAAUUCAUUUAAACUGAGAUGGUCACCAUCACUGAUACGUGAGCCAGCAGCCAUUUUAAGGAGUCAUUGUGGAAAGGAGCUGCACACACAGUGGCUGCCAUAACGGUGGGUGGCUGGAUGGUUGGCUGGUUCCUUGCUAAAAGACGAAUGGUUUCAUAGUCAAACAACAUAGAAACAGGCCCUUCUGCCCACUUUCUGUUUCUCCAUGCUGACCAUCGGGUUCCCCAGCUAUACUCAUCCCACUUUCCUGCACUUGGUCAAUAGUCUUGUACUCACAUGGAACAGAACAGGACGAGCAAAACUGUGUGCAGUGCUCCAAGGGAGGCCUGGCCAUUGACCUAGAUAACCACAGCACAAUGUACUCCGUGCUCUCCAAGCCCCAAGUGUCCGCUCGCCUCCACAUAUUUACCCUUUAUUUCAAAUCUCUCUCUCUCUGUGGUCUGCAGCAGAGAGACAUUUGCAAAUUUCUACCCUGUCUAUGCCGUUCAUAAUAUUGUACACCGCAAUCUUCUCUGCUGCAAGGGAAACCUGUAGGGUGCCUGGAGUUUGAUCAAGUUUUGCUCGUGACUAAACAUCUCAGCAUGUUGAUGUUUUAGCUGUAAUUACUUCAAUAUAUAUUGUGGCAAGCAUUCGGCACGCGAUGACAGACGAGAGAAGUUCGUUUAGCUCAACUGCUAGUUUUAUUGCGAUAAGCACGAAAACGUACCGGGUGCUAUUAUUACCUGGGGAGCAAACCCAUUCAGUCACGUACAGAUGGGGGAUGUGAUUACCACACACCUCGGAUACAGUCAGGGUGACCCACAAACACACAAGUGAGUAACUGUAUAACCCAAGCUAAAUGUAACAAUAAAUGAAUUUCAAAGCAUUUUGAAACAAGGGCAAUAAAUAGAAGUGACCACUAGGAAUGGCGGAGUAGGCUGUCGACCAUACCCCCCAGCGCACCACACCGCCCCCACCGGAGGAGUCAGCUGUCCCGGGCAACCCCAGAGGUCACAACAAAGAUCAAAAGUCCUGCUGGUGGUCAACGUCUAUGCGGGAGAGUUCUUAAAGUGGAAAAGAUAUUGCACUGGGGCAGUUCCACUCUCCCGUCCUCAGAUAUCCGGGUCCAGUGGUGUGAGCAAGCGUCACAAACUAGGGUCUUCCUGGGUUUCAGUGGAUGACCAUGACAUCUUCUGUGCCUUGCCAUGCCCUUUGCUCCCCAUAAGUAUUGCAAUACCACCUCCUGGCUGUUGGAUCUCACUGUAAAUCUCAUCCACCUAGUCCGCCGGAGCUGAUUUUGCCUGCUAAGACGGGCAUGUCCCUAUCUCACCCUCUGGCUACACUCAGCCUGGAUUAGCUGCCUGUCGAAGCAGUCUACUGGCGUGCAGCUAUUGUCACUUGCAGACAGCUACAUGGAGCCACAGAUGAGAGCUGAGUAUCCAGUGGGACUAAAGCUGCCCUGGAAUGGACAUGACCAGCCCCUUCACCAGCCGUUCACCCCAGUAUUUCACUAUAGACAGCUUAUUUCUUUGUAAUUAGCAAAAUGAACUUUAUUCACAAUAAAAAUUAUUCACAAGAAUAAACUGUUCAAUACCUUUACAUUCCUCACAGGCAUUGUGGAUAGUUUCCACACUGUUUAAACACUGAUGUCACUCGUGUGGCACUCUGGGAUUUCAGAUUAAGUAAAUACUACCGUAAUUGAAGGUCUUCCUCCCCAUCAACAAGCUAUCGCCUGGCAGAUUUCUCCCAAAUUAAUGGUAAAAGGCUGUAACUCAAUUUUCAUUCAGUCUUGCGACUUUCCAGUCCAGGAACAUCACAGUCAGGUCAGGUACGGGGUGCCAUGUAGACACCUGUACGCUGGUCAGUGUGACAGUAUAGUCAUGGACAGUUUAAAGGUGCAUCUUCACUGACUUAUUCCGCUCCGAACACUGAUGUGGUGUGGUACUGUAAGUCUAAUGUGUAAGUCAUAAAUAUCAAUUUUGCCAAAUGGCAAAUUACCAUCUCAAUGUCAAAUUAUUUUAAAUUGUUUUAAUUUUCAUCCACUUCUGAUGGAUUAUUAGUUUGCACAGAUUUUGCAAAAUUCUUAAAAUUUUCAAUUUCAGAUGAUAGCAUUGCUCUGAAAUUUCUACCGGGAAAGAUAAUCUCAUCAUCUUGAUCACAAAAAAUAUUGGAAAAUUAAUGUGAAAGCAGCAAUGAAAAUGUACCACAGUUUAAGCAGCUUUGAUAGAUUCAGAUUGAGAUUUGUUUACUGGGAGAAGGCAGGAGAUUGGAGCUGAGAGGGAAAUCAAUCAGCCAUGAUGAAAUUGGUGGAGCAGACUCGAUGGGCCGAAUGGCCUAAUUCUGUUCCUAUAUCUUAUGGUCUUAUUUAUCACAUCCACAUUGAAACAUUCAAUGAAAUGUGUUGUUUGUGGUAACAACCAACACACCCAAGAGUAUGCUCGGGGCAGCCCGCAAAUGUCACCACACAUUCCAGCACCAACUUAGCAUAGCCACCACGCUCAGCAGAACAACACGGAACGCAACAAAACAGAACAUACCAAGUGACAACAACAGCAAAACAAGCCCGUUCCUCCCUCCCAAUCAACUUCCCCUCUAAUUUUUUUUUUACAGCUGCGCAGACCACCCAUUGCUCUGAGCAAGAAAUUUUUACGUGGCCUGAGAACUGCAUGGAACUUUAAAUGUUUUUUUUGUAGACAGUGUUGGCGUGCAGCAGACCGGCGUUUUAUUGGCAAUGAGCUACUGACUUCCAGUCUGUGUUUAUUGUUACAAUAUGUAACAGGAUUGUAACUUGAAACACAGACAAUGCAAGUAUGUUGAAACUAAAAGUUUCAAAAUAAAGGUUGUAGUAUGUUUAUUAUUUAGAAAGUGUAUAGAUUAUAAUCUUUAAUAUGUAAUUACAGGGUAUUUCACAAUUAUAUUAACAUAGAUUUCAAAACUAUAUUAGCAUAAUUUCAAAAUUAUAUUAAUAUUAUAUAAAAGAAAUUCUCAGCUGCGUGGCAACAAAGGCUAUGUGUGCUGGAGCACUUCAGUUACUGCGCGGCCUACUGAAAGGGAACAGUGCUCCCAACACACAUACACAGUCCUCUAACCCGACCACAGAGAGCAAUGCUACUGUUAGUUUGUCUAAUUUGAUAAAGUUGUAGGGUGACAGGACUCACCCCAUUGGAAAGGUGUUAUUUUUCUCUCUGAGAAUCACAUCAUUACUAAUCCAACUGCCCACGAAACACAGAUUAGAAUAUCGGCCUCCCCUGUAUUUCAAUCCUGUGACAAUGUUGCUGAAUGCUGUUGCUUUAUUCCCUGAUAUAAAGUGCUCUUAUUUAAACCGGUAAGACCAAAGAACAGAAUGAGGCCAUUCAGACCAGCAAGACAGCUCCACCAUUCCAUCAUGGCUGAUUUAUUGUCUCUCAACCCUAUUCUCCUGCCUUCUCCCCAUAACAUAGGACCCUCCUACUAAUCAAGAACCUAUCAGCCUCCGCGUUUUUAUAUAUAUAUAUAAAACCAUUACAUAUUUGUUUGGAAAACAAACAUCCGUUUGUUAAAACAGUUGCCUGUUACUAAGUAUCAUUCCAACACACAUGCCAAAUAUCACCGAGUUUUGACGUUGGUAAGAGCCACUGAAGUAUUUAUUUCCCCUGGAGAGUAAGCAUCUUCGUCUCCCCCAAAUGAUAUCUCCUCUGUCAGUAUCACCACUACCAUACACCAUAGCAGACAAGUAAAACAUGUGUCAUGCACACAACCACUAUAAAAGCUUCUCUAAAAUUGAUGUUAACUUAGGUUAUCAAGGAAGAAAAUAAGUUGGCAUUAAUUUACAACUAAAACGUGAUCUGAAUCAAUAUGAACAUUUGCUUCUGUAUUUGCUGAAAAUUUUGUGAAACUUAAACAGCAGCUUGAAAAAUAAAGCUUUGAAGAUAUGCCACAUUUAGUAAUUUCAUCCGAUACAAUUUAGGGACAAUUCACAUUCAGUCAAUAAGAACAAGGAAAAAGCAGUACAUAUUAUUUGCAUGCAUUUAUUACAUUUUAAUUUUUCUGAAGUACAGAAGUAAAAUCUGUGAUGAAAAAUUUUUAGCAAUUAAGUGCUGUUUUAUAUACCUUCUUUCCAUUUGUUACACUGCAGACUGGUCAUUAGUCAAGUUUCACUACUAAGUAAUAACGUAAUAUAUUUCAUUUUAUUUUUACUGUCCAUUACACCACUGGCAUUUAGGGCAGCAAUGAAAGUCCUUCAUCUCUGGUGGUGCUCAGGGCUCCUUCAUCGUGUCAGUAGCUCCCUCUCAGUUUUCACUACUGUCAGUCACGCAAGUCCCGGGUGGAGACUCAGGAAUACCAUCGCACUCAGAUGUAGAAGGAUUCUUCAUCGCUGUUUGCGUAACAGUUUUGUUUUACCAGUCAGGGUUGUUAGCUCUGAGCCGAGCCCCUGAACCCGGAGAACCAGUGGACCUCUCUUAGUCUGGCCUUUACCCUUUGACCUGUUUAGCAUGGGUGACCCUAUCAAGAGCCAAAGCAUAAAGCCCUGACUCCAGCCAGCAUAAAUCUCCAGGUCAUUGAGGCAUUCAGGUCUCCAAACCACGACAAGGUUACGGUCCUGUUGGCAUUUGUUAUUCUAAUACCAUUAUGAUAUUAUAUUCAGAACAGUGAAAUGCAGCACAAACACACAUUCAGGCAUUUAAAGGAUUAAUCAGGUUAAGUUCAGGGAGCUCCUAAUACUUAAAUCUGUAGGGCCUUAAUCUUUUUUAAGGUUUAAACUAUUUUUAACUUUACAUCACAGUUGUGAAUGAUUUCCACAAUAUGAAGUAUUGUUUAAUUGUAAAUUGAGGAUAUUAAUUGGUUUUCUUAUUUGUAAUUAUGUAAAACUGCAGCCGGUUUGCAUGCAAUUAUAAGCUUUGUAACUUGUUAUUAUGACAAGGUAUCUGAACUUCUGGUCAAAUAAAUUCAG